AUGGAGCUUGGAAUUCAGUUCCACGCUAAAGUCAGCAACUUGGGAGAAAUCUCAAUCAAAUCGAAGUCAUUUGGAGGCAUGGUCCUCCAGGUUGUACAUAUCCUUUGCGUGCCAGGCUUACACGAGGCAGAGAUGUUCAGUGUCGGUACGGGGACUAGAGGUUCAGCGUCGAGUGUACAGGAUACGUUGACAUCGACCCUAGCAUCAAUCAGACACAUUUCCACGAUUAAAUACAGCACUCACCAGAAAACAAAAGCUCACAAAGCCGGUUUGAGCUCUUUCUGGUCACAUCUCAGCCGCAUAACCUCUGUAAUGUCUUUCCGUGUAUUACUAAUGCGGCGGUGUCAUUCAACAUGUUCUGUAGAUCCGUCAGGAUUUGCAGGUCAACAGGAACGAACCAGCUACAUAACGUAUAUACAAGAAGAUUCGCCAUUCUGUCAGAUCAUGGACUUUGAAAGUAGAUCUCGAAUAGCUCUGGAACUUCUAGAAGAUGAAUUGGGAAUCAAGAUUACACAUACUGACGCAAAUAAGGCCCUUGGUGAUAGCUCCCGUAUGUAUCAUCCUACGAAUAAGCUUUAUAGACUUAACCACAACAAAGCUGCACAAAAGUGUAUCAAACAGCUAAGCAUUACGGUAAAAUAUAAUAGUCCGUCGGCUAUCUAUGCUGACGUCAAAGAGAAUCAGGUUAUACACCUAGGAUUCCGACACGAUCAAGCAACUCUCGAACCCGCACGACCUCUUCAACAUGAGAGAAUACCUUCAAACGAUGCAGCGACUCUAUCCCGUCACAUUACGUUGAUGUUUAAACAGAUCCUCCCGCUGCCGAGACAUGGAUGCUCCAAAGUUCGACGAGCCCCGGAUGUUGGUCGAACGGGGGAUUUUCGCUGUCAGGUAUGCACGCACGAGGCUGCGCUACGACAUCGUUUAACAGACACCAGCUCUAGUGUCUUUGAACAAUUCAACCCCUAA